UCCUUGUGUGUUUGAGCCGGAACUAUGGGAUUGUUUGACAAGCUAGCAGGAUGGCUUGGGCUGAAGAAAAAGGAGGUUCACGUUUUGUGCCUUGGCUUGGACAAUAGCGGAAAAACGACGAUCAUAAACAAACUCAAACCUUCAAAUGCUCAAACUCAGGACAUCGUUCCAACAAUAGGAUUCAGUAUAGAGAAGUUCAAGACAUCGAGUUUGUCUUUCACAGUGUUUGAUAUGUCAGGUCAAGGGAGAUACAGAAACCUCUGGGAACAUUACUACAAAGAAGGCCAAGCCAUUAUUUUUGUCAUUGAUAGCAGUGACAAAUUAAGAAUGGUUGUGGCCAAAGAAGAACUUGACACCCUUCUGAAUCAUCCAGAUAUUAAGCACCGUCGACUGCCUAUUCUCUUCUUUGCUAACAAGAUGGACCUCAGGGACGCGAUAUCAUCUGUGAAAGUAUCUCAGUUACUGUCAUUAGAAAAUAUCAAAGACAAGCCCUGGCAUAUCUGUGCCAGUGAUGCCCUGAAAGGAGAAGGAUUACAAGAAGGUGUGGAUUGGCUCCAAGAUCAGAUCCAAGCAAUGAAGACAUGAGAGAUUAAGAGAUGUAUGGCAUUCUUUUACAAACUUUGUCAGUAGGUGUACAAGUUCCUUGGAAAGGAAGAAUGAUUUUAAGAAAAUGAACAGUUCAGCUAAAAUAUACUGUGUUGACUUGUUUCCUUUUAGUAUCUCUUCCAGGAAAACUGGAACCUCAGGUAUGCACAUUGAUGAAUUAAAUUGAAUCUUGUGACCGGAGAGCAUAUUUUUAAAAAAAAGAUUUGUGUUAAUGAUAAACACCUGCAUUCAUUUCAGUUUUA